AUGUCCUCAGAUCCAAAACCAUUCUAUUUUGGUAAUAUUAUGAGCGACAACGAAGAAACAAAUUCAGAUUUCUUCAACUGGAAUAAAGUUGCGAUCACUUAUUGUGAUGGUUCAUCAUUCACAGGCGACUCCCAAACAACUUACAAUGGUACCAAUCUCUACUUCAGAGGUGCUAGGAUUUUCGAUGCAGUUAUGCAAGAGUUGCUUCAGAAGGGAAUGGGAAUGGCCCAAAAUGCACUUUUGUUUGGUAGUUCUGCCGGAGGGAUUGCAACCACACUUCAUUGCGAUGGAUUUCGCAAUUUGUUACCUCAUGCUAGUCGAGUAAAAUGUUUGUCAGAUGCCGGAUAUUUCUUUCCUUCGAAAAAAUUCGAAGAUGAAAGGAACAGUUUUACACCAACCUUUCAAGGAUUGAUAACAUUACAUGGAUCGACUAAGUCGUUACCCAAAACUUGCACAUCGAGAUUAAGUCCACAUCUGUGCUUCUUUCCUCAGAAUGUGCAGCAAGACAUCCAAACUCCUAUCUUUUUCUUGAUGUCUGCAUAUGAUAUUAUUCAGGUAACAUGGACUUUUAAACGGAAUGAAACAAUACUUAGUUGCAUUUUGGAUGAUAGUUUUUGUUCAACUGAGAUUUAUAGAGUCUUACAAGAUUUCAGACAGGAAUUUUUGAGUUUAUUGCCAAAUCAAUCGAAUUCUUCAUCAAAAGGGGUCUUGAUUACCUCCCCUAGUGCUCAUGGACAAGAAACAUCGAAAAACUGGUAUUUAGACAUGGUUAUUGAGGGGAGUAAUGAGACAAUUGCAAAACUAUUUAGAGAUUGGUACUUUGACAAGAGAGGCAUUUAUAUAAUAGACAGAUAUCCAUUCCCAUAA